UCCAGCUCCUGCCUGACGGUCUACGUUGCGACACCUUCCCUGUUCCCAGCGGGAGGGACAUGAGUGUCCCUAGACCGUCGCCCCCUGAUGGGGUCUCGGCGGGACCCCCCGAAAGCGUGGGAGCCGGGGAGUUGACGCCGGAGGGACGAUCGGUUUGCACUUGAGAGAAUCGACGAUGACCGAUCGCUCCGGAAACGCGCCGCCUGGCUUGUUGAUGGCGCUGCACCUGCUCCUCGAACAACCCGAGUUCCCGAGUUCAAGUGACACAUCUCCAGAUGAAGGGCUGAUAGAGGACUUGCCUGUAGAAGACAAAGCUGUGGAACAGCUGGCAGAAGGAUUGCUUUCUCACUACCUGCCAGAUCUGCAGAGAUCAAAACAAGCCCUCCAGGAACUCACACAGAACCAAGUUGUAUUACUAGACACACUGGAACAGGAGAUUUCAAAAUUUAAAGAAUGCCAUUCUAUGUUGGACAUUAAUGCUUUGUUCACGGAAGCUAAGCACUAUCACACCAAGUUGGUGAAUAUAAGAAAAGAGAUGCUGAUGCUUCAUGAAAAGACAUCAAAGUUAAAAAAACGAGCACUUAAGCUUCAGCAGAAGAGACAAAAAGAAGAGUUGGAAAGGGAACAGCAACGAGAAAAAGAAAUUGAAAGAGAAAAGCAGUUAACUGCCAGACCAGCUAAAAGAACUUAAAGGUUCAGUGUGUUUGUGUGUGUUUUCUCUCCCUCUCCCAUAUUUGGAUUUAAGAGGAACUGUGUGUAGACAGAAGUUAAGGUAGUGCCUUAUACCACUGUGUUGUUAUGAUUUUAAAAUCCUUUUUUUCAGGGUGCUGGUGUCUUCAUAUCUUCAUUUCAGUCUUUAAAGAAUCCUUUACUUUUUUCUUUUCUUUUUCUUUGGUGAGCAGAGGACUUCUCUUUGUCUGUUGGUGGUCCUGGAACCUCUCUCCACAGGCAAGUCUCAUGCACUAAGGCAAAGCAGCUUUUUUUCUUAAAUAGCAGACACAAUGCCACUUGCAUAUUUACAGACAAUUUUUGGAACUUAUAAAUAUUAAUUUAAAACUACAUUUAUUUUUGGCCUUCAAUCACUUAUAAACUCAAAAAAUGGGUCAACUAAUAGUAUAGAUUCAAGUGGUUGGAAAUUAUUAUGAAACUUUGACUUCACAGUAAGUGGCUUUAAAAGUUUCAGUUUUCUGUCAUAUGAAAUGACUUGCUUUUAUGACAGUAAAUUGCUGAAUUUUGCCAAUUGCUUUUGGUUACAUGUCUAAAAAUACCAACUGUUUAAUCAAAUACACCCCUGGAAAAGGGGUGUUAUAAGUCUCUGUGACAAACAUGAUAGAAAAGUAUGUACGCAAAUUAGCAUCCUAGACGUAGGGUAGAUGAGCAAGAUGCCAGAUAGUUGCCAGUAGUCGUAUACUCUGUCUCCUUCCUAGCAUGUGGUUUCUGGGCUCAAGGUAGAGGGGCUGGCAGAGCUGUCCCCUAAAUAUGGUUAAGUAUAUGCGAUAAUUACUAACAGACAUGAUAUACUGAGAUGCAGUUGUUAAAUUGCUAAGACAAUGAGUUCAACUUUCCAAAUGGAAGAUUGUCACUAGUCACCAUCUGUCCUCUGACUUACUGUGUGGCCUUAUAUGUGGUGACUUUUUUUUUUUCUGUGUCUGUAAACAAUUCUUGAAGUAGAAUUGAUAAAUACCAAGUACUGAUUUUGUAGAUUAACAGGAAUGGUAGAAAAUUAGUAAAUAGCUUCUUUAUAAAAGAGGCAGCUUAGUACUUUUUGUGUUUUUUUUCUAGAUGUUCGCCUUCAAUAUUGUGCGCAGAAAUUUAUGUGAGAGAGAUAAGAAGUCUUGCUGUUUAAAACCGAGAAUAUAUUAUUCAUUGUUCUUUUUCUUUCUAUUAUUUAAUACCCAUCUGGUCUCCAAUCUCUAUUGUAUGGAGAUGGUACAGAACCUAUAAAAGUAUAUGAUUAGAAUGUGUACCUUUUAUAGUUCACGAAACAUUUUUGGUAAGUUGGAAUCGCUACCUCUGAUCACAUAUCAGGCUCAUUAGUGAGCUCUAGGAAGUUACUACAUUUGAGUUGAAAAUUAAAACUGAACCAUCUAAAGGUUUACAUAAUUUGAAAGUUUCUUUUGCUCUGUUGAAUGAGUCAUAAUUAUCAAAAAUUGACUAGUAAGAACAUAAAUAUAUUUUUUGGGGGGGAGAAAUGGCUUAGCAGUCAAACACCUGCUUUGCAUGCCUCAGGCACUGCACUGGAUCUCCAAGAACCACACAGGACAAGAAAGCCAAAAAAAAUUUUAAAAAGUAGUAGACUUCUCUGGAGAGUAAAAUCAGUGCUUUGCAGUCUCUCACUUUCUCUGUCUCUCACACUCAUGAACUUUUUAAAAUUGAAAAAAAAAUUCAUAAAAAGGAUAAAUUUUCCCCUCAAAUGCUUGCUAAGUUUGUUGGGACAGGAAUCACUGUGACUUGCAGGACAGUGUUUCCUAAUUUAUUGAAUGUAUUCAUUUAUACUCUGGCAAAGACAGUGUGUUGUCUCAGAUUGGCUUGUUGAGCAGCUGUGGUGAUUUUUUUUUUUUUUUUUUUAGAAUGCGGAUUCACAGACAACACUUGCAAUCUAUUGGAACAAAUUGGUUUGUCUAUUCUGCCUUUUAGAAAUGCUUUUUAAAGUUCCCAAAAGUGAUUCUGUUACCCCUUAAGGGUUGAGAAAACCACUAGCCUAUAGGUGGAUUAGUGUUUAGGUCAGAGAUUUCCACACUAGACUGCCUAACAUAUCACCUGCAACUUGUAUAGGUAUAUUCUGGAAGACUCUUGCCUGUUAGUUCUAGCUAGAGGCAUGCAAUCAUAAAGAAUUUCUUGGAUAAUGCUGAAGAAAGGAACCACUGCUACACACUGUUGGAUGAUUUAUCUUUGUAAGGAGUGAAGUUGUUUAAAACUAUAUAGUAACUCUUAGGAUGAAUUUUCUGAAAUUCUGAACUACAUUGACUUUUGAUACAAAGUCAGAUUUAUGUCUAGGAGAGCAGAUAGGAAAUAGAUAAUAGAAUUUUGGUUAAUUAAUUAAACUUUGAUAACCUGUUUAAUGAAUGGCAAAGCACACAUGUACUUUUAGAAUUGGAUUGCAUGUUUUAAUCCUAUCUAUAUGUCAAGAAUGUAUAUUAACAUCCUCUAUUUUAAAUCAACUAUAAGUCAACUAUCUGUACUGUUACCUUAGUAACUAAAAAUCUAAAACUAGCUGUAUUUUAGUAGCAUAUAAACAGAUCCUGCUGACUAAACUUAUGAUGAGUCUUACAUUUUUAUAUAAAAUAAUGACAGUAGGAGGAUUCUGCAAUUUUUUUUGGUUGAUAAAAAUUACCGUCUGUUUGAAACUAUCACAGUGUAGUGAACUAAAAUGAUAGGAGUUAGUUUUGUAUUUACUCUGCAAUAGGUGUCAUGUAAAUAUGCAGACAUUGAAUGUAAGUAAUAUGAAUUGUAUUUGCAGUGAGGUUUUUGUGUGUUUGUAUGUGGAUACAGUUUGUAAAUAUGCCGAUUGUAUACCCUUAUACAUUUGUUGGAUUUUGAGCUUGUAAACUGAGGACUACUUUUUACAUAUGUAAUAAAACAAAGUUUCUGAAUUA